AUGGUGUCCUUUUGGCCGUGGAGGAAAGAAGACUCCUCCCCCGCCUCUUUCGAAAAGACCCUCUCCGCUCUCUCCACCAGAAUCACCGAAACCCAGGCCCGACUCGAUGGCGCACGGGCGACCUCCCGUCGCAUUAGGGUUCUCUGGUCGUUGUAUCUUGCCUUCGCAUACCUCGUCUACUCUAUUGUCAUCUUCCUCGUGGUAGGAUGGAAUGGCAUGGGUUUGUGGGAGUGGGUGGGCGUCGGCGGAGGUCCGAUUGUAAUUUACCUUACGCGAACCACCGUCACGGCCUUUUUCAACUACCGGAUCGAUAAGCUGUCCGCUCGUCUUAAGGAGCAGCAAGCUGAGCGGGCAAAGACGAUCCAGAAGCUCAAGGAGGCCACGAGAUACGAUUCUACCUUGGAGCUCCUUGAGAAAUAUGGCGGCAAUGAGAACAAGAACAGAAACAGAAAACAAAGUGCGGCUGAUGAAGAGAAGAAGCCGCGGCAUCAGGGGCCCAAGCAACACGAGGGCGGACGUACGAAUAUGCCGCCCCCGCCUACCGCCAAUAUCCAGCGUCCCGGCCCCGGUGUUCCUCCCCCCGGAUUCCAACAGCAGCAGCGUCCGCCGCAACAACCUAAUGGCCUCGAGCCUACGGAAGAGUUCGCACCCAACGCAUAUAGCGGCGGCCAAAGGCCCCCGCCACCUCCGCCUCAGUCGCAGCACUUUGUGCAUGCUGACGGCGCCGGCUCAUCGCACUGGUACGAUCGCAUCAUGGAUCUCCUUCUUGGCGAAGACGAGACGGCAUCGAAGAACAGGAUCGUCCUUAUCUGCGCACACUGCCGACUGGUCAACGGUCAAGCGCCUCCCGGCACCAAGACUCUCUCGGAACUGGGGACCUGGAAGUGCAUGGGCUGCGGUGCGACGAACGGCGAGAUGGAUGAAGGAAAGCGCAUUAUGAGAGAAGUCCUCGGGUCGCGAGCUGGAACCAGCGGUAGCGACGUGUCUGUUGGCGAGGAGUUUAAGGAGUCUGAUGAUGAUGAUGCUUCGAGCGUGGAGGUCAAGGAGGAGCAGGUAGAGGAGAUUCAGGAUGCUGGCGCAAAGGCCACUGGUAGACAAGGAGUAUCUGGGGCCAAGAAGCGCAAGGGCAAGGGUGGAAAGGUAAUCCCAUCCAUCCCUUUGAUCGGCAAACAUGUUCCAGUUGGACUAUCUACGGCUAACAUGAUGGGCUUUCAACAGAGGCUCAAGGGCGCCAUCGAUCGGACAAUUGCGGAGGAACAGGCUCGACAGGAUCAGGCACGACAAAAGGCUCUCAGCCCAGACUCAGGAACACCGCGCAGGUCGGAUUCGACGUCGCGGAGCAAUCAGUCGCCCGCGCGACGGCCUCGGCCAAAGAAGAAUCUCAGUCAGGAUAAUACCAAGGACGGCGAUAGCCCCUCGAACCCCGACCCAGCCGUCUUUGAAGCGGCCUUUGUGCUCGACGACAGCGAGGAGCUUAGUAGAGCAGGAACACCAAAGCCACCUGCUGCCGCCAUGGAGGAUAAAAAGCCUGAGGAGAAGAAGGAGAAGGUAGAGGAAGGAGAACCGAAUGGAGGAGACGAGAAGAAGGAGGGGGCUGCGGGCGCGGCUAAUGCUGCGCCGGCUGCCACUCCGGAGUUGUCUCCUGAGGUCCGGAUGAAACUCCGCAAGCUGGAGAAGCUCGAGAAAACAUAUCCCGAACUGCUUCGAUCCUACCGAAUCGCCCAUGGCCGCGCCACAUCCAUCGAACCUUUUGAACGAGUGCUUAAGGAGCAUACUAGCGUUGGCUCUAUCAGAGAACCUGACGCCCUCGUCGAGUUUCUCGACUCUUUGAAGCAGAAGGAACAGAUGAUUAUGGACGAGUACAAGCGGGUUUCCGUCGAGAAGGACGAAUUCAAGAAGAAGUUCGAAGCGGCCGAGAAGGAGGUAGAGACCCUGAAGAAGGAGGUCGAGGAGCUCAAGGCCGCCAAGCCCGAACCCGCUGCGGACAAAAACGAUGAAGCCAAGGAGCAGGUCGACGCGGCGACAAAUACCAAGGAUGACGCCUCCGCCCAGCCCUCGGACCCCAAUGCUACGAAGUCGCCUCUUCAGCAGGCCAUGGGUAUCUUCGCGCCUAAGCAGAAGCCGGAGGACGCCAAGGCGGACAAGGCGGAAGAAUCUGGCGAUUUCUUCUCCUAUGACGACGAGGCCCCCAAGUACGAUGCCGAUAUGGCUGCUAAGGAGGAGGAGAUUGAGAAGCUCAAGGGCGAAGUCGACUCUCUCAAGACCGAGCUUGCCUCUGCUAAGGAAUCCAGCGCUGAUUUGACCGAGAGCCUGGAGAAGGCAACCAAGGAGGCCAGCGAACUGCGCGACUCGGCGGCUGUCACGACCUCUCUUCAGACGCAGCUCGACGCGAGAAACACCGAAAUCAAGUCACUCACCGAGCGUUUGGAGGCUUCGCAAAAGCAGCUCAAGGAGGUCGAGACCAAGCUCAAGGGUGAGCUCGCCAAUGCCACCAAGGAGGCCAAGGAGGUCCGUUCGAAGCUUGCCGAGUCGAACACCAGGGCCGACAAGGAAGAAGCACGUGUUAAGGAGGUUCUGGCUUCCAAGGCCGAGGUUGAGAAGAAGAUCAAGACCUUGAACGGGCAGAUUGAGACCAUCAAGAAGGAGAAGGCCGACAAUGAGGCCAAGAUUGACGAGCUUACCAAGAAACUGGAGAAGCAGAGCGAGCCUGUGCCUGCGACACCCACAACGCCGUCGGCGGCGGAGACACCGGCUGCUGGUGCUGGUGCGGGUGGCGCUUCCAAGAACAACAAGAAGAAUAAGAAGAAGAACAAGAAGGGCGGUGCUGCCGCGACUCCCGCGACCGCAACCCCUGCGGCCGAACAGCCUGCGCCGGCAGCUGACGAGCCAAAGGAAGCCGAUACCGAGGCGCUGGAGGCGGAGAUUACCCGCCUGAAGGAGGAAGUGAGCACAAAGGACUCUCAGAUUGAGAGGCUGACGAAGCAGCGCAAGACGGAAGAGGAUCUGCGUGAGGAGAUUGACACGCUGCGCGACGAGCUUACCGAUAUCGGUCAGGGUCACGUCGAGGCCAAGGAGAAGAUCAAGAACCUCGAGAUCGAGAAGAAGGCUCUGCAGACCAGGAUCGAGGAGCUAGAGAAGGAGCUAGGAUCGUCAGCCAACGACGCCAAGGCCACCGAGAAGCUCCAGAGCGAGUUCGACACUCUUCAGCGCGAGUACGAGGACCUCAAGUCCAAGUCCUCCACCCUGCAGUCCGACCUGGGCGCAGCUCAGCAACUGGCACAGACCCGGUACAAGGACCUCACCGAACUGCGGGAGGUGCUUCAGAAGGCCCAGCCCGAGAUGAAGAGUCUGCGUCAAGAUUCCGUUGCCCUGAAGGGCGUCAAGGAGGAGCUCGCGGCGAAGAACGCGGAGCUCCGCAACCUGGAGAAGAAGGAGAAGGAUCUCAAAGCGGAUGUUGCCCGGUCGCAGCGCCUUGCCACGGACCGCGAAACCGAGAUCAAGUCGCUCCGCGAGAAGCUCACCAACGAGACGAACAACCGCCUCCGUCUCGAGGAUGCGCAGAGAGUAUCCGGACGCGACCUCCGCCGGGUUGAAGCCGAAAAGGUCGAGCUCAGUGCCAAGGAGGAGAAGACGGCAAGGGAGCUGCAAAAGGUGCAAGAGGAGGCUAACAAGCUCCGCCCGAGGGUCAAGGAGCUCGAGCAGGAAGUUGAAAAGUUGCAAAAGGAGAAGCAAACGCUCCAAGAGGACGCGAAACUCAAGACGCAACAGUACACCAACGCGCAGGGUCUGCUCAGCAGCAUGCGCGACCAGACGGCCGAGCUUACCAUCCAACUCAAGGAGGCCCGUUCUCAGUCUGAAUCCCUUGAGGAGGAACUUGCUGAGAUUCAGAAGCACCUGUCGGAACGGUCACGCGAGGCGGAACGUAUGCGCGGACUGCUUGCCGAUGUCGACGAGCGCGCCGAUAGCAAGGUUCGCGAGAUGCGGUCGCGCAUGGAGGCGGCCAUUGAAGAACGCGACCGUAUCGAGGACGAGUCAAGCACCCUCGCGAGAAGAAAGACGAGGGAGACGGAGGAGCUGAAGCAGAAGAUCCGGGAUCUCGAAAGGGACAUCAAGACUUUGUCCGGCGAGAAGGAUGACCUCGAACGUAAAGAGCGCGAAUGGAGAAAGCGGCGCGAGGAGCUCGAAGCCGUGGAGGAGAAGGCCGCGGCCGAAGUCAACGAGAUGCGCUCGGCGGUUUCGGACCUCAGAUCCACCCUCGACGCCUCGGAGCAACAGGUCCGCGAUGCCGAGAAGCAAAAGUCGGACCUCAGGAAACUUCUGGAGGAGUCGAAACAGAGGUUCGAAAAGGUCAACAAGGAGCUCAAGACGGUUCAGUCGAAGCUCGGCGCGAGCGUCACGUCGGGGCGGAGCUCGGUGGAGUCAAGCAGGUCCGGAGGGCUCAACGGCGCGGCGCCGCUUACGCCCGGGUCGGCUGAUAGUCUUUACCUCAAGACUAUUCUGUUGCAAUUUUUGGAGCAAAAGGAUAAUAAGUUGAGGGAGCAGCUUGUUCCUGUGCUUGGCAGGAUUUUGAAGUUUGACAAGACGGAUGAGCAGAAGUGGAAAGCUGCUAUUCAGCAUAUUACCGUACGGUGA